UUUGUUCUGUUCCAGCUCGCCGCUAACACCAGUUCGCUGGGCACGCGCGGGGUCUCAGGACGUCGUCUGGCUGUUCCUAAGCCGGCUUGCCUUUCUCUUUACAACCCCACUGACACAAAACACGAGGACAUUCCUGAGCGUUUCGGGAACCGGGUGGAAAGCGGAGAGGGUUGGUCCGGAGAGUGACCCGGAAGCAGAAGUGUUCCUCACCGUGGAGUGCUGGGAAGCGGCAGCAGCAGCAGCAGCGACCACAGCGGUAGAAGCAGCACUCUAGCCGCCUGCAACCCCAACCUGGAAGGAAGAUGCUAAUUAAAGUGAAGACGCUGACUGGAAAGGAGAUUGAGAUCGACAUCGAACCCACAGACAAGGUGGAGCGAAUCAAAGAGCGUGUGGAAGAAAAAGAAGGAAUUCCCCCACAACAGCAGCGGCUCAUCUACAGUGGCAAACAAAUGAAUGAUGAGAAGACAGCAGCUGAUUACAAGAUUCUAGGUGGUUCUGUCCUCCACCUGGUGUUGGCUCUUAGAGGAGGAGGUGGUCUUGGACAAUGAAGAAACUUGGUUCCGUUUACCUCCUUGCCCUGCCGCUCAUAAUGUGGCAUCACAUAUCCUCUCACUCUCUGGGACACCAGAGCCACUGCCCCCUCCCUUGGAUGCCCAAUCUUGUGUGUCUGCUGGUGGGAGAAUGUAAGGACCCCAGGGUGCAGUGUUCCUGGCCCAAAUGGCCCUUGCUGGCUAUUGGGCUUUAGUUUGCAGUCCCGUGUGCUUCCCUCUCUUAUGGCUAUAUCCUUGGUUGUCAAUAAAAUAUUUCCUGGCCUU